AUGACGAGCACUCACACCCAUCCUGACUCCGAGCUUCAAGCCCAACUCCGGGCCCGGUUCGUGGGCAAGAACCUCGUCGAUGUGCCCACUCCGUCGAUUGUGUUGGACUUGGCCAAGGUUGAAGCAAACUGCAAGCGCAUGCUCGAUGCCACCGACAGAUUGGGAUUGCUCUGGCGCGCACACAUCAAGUCACACAAGACAACCGAACUGACCCGUCUCCAAGUCGGCGACACCUUGGAUACCCCUGUUUCCCUGAUCGUGUCCACCAUCACCGAAGCAGAGAACAUCCUCCCCCUCCUCAAGGAAUACCAAGCCCGUGGCCGCCGUGUCAAUGUCCUCUUCUCCUUCCCCCUUUUCCCCUCCGCCCUCCCUCGCCUUAACGCCAUCUCUACCGCGCUCGGCCCAGACCCAUCUGGCUAUCCCACUCUCACCCUCAUGGUCGACCACCCCGCCCAGCUGGCCGUCCUCUCUCCACCUUCUUCUUCUCCUUCCUCCCCCUCACUCGGCUCCUCCCUGGCCCAUCCGCCCUCUAUCUUCCUCAAGAUCGACACCUCCUACGGACGCUCCGGCGUAGCCCCCGAAACUGACGCCUGCGCAGCCCUAAUCACCGCGGCCCUCGAUGCCGAGCACCGAGGCGCGUGUCAUUUGCUGGGUCUCUACUCCCAUGCGGGCCACAGCUAUUACGCGCGCGGCGGGACAGAGGAUGUGGCGGGGUAUCUGGCGGAUGAGUUGGAAGGGUUGGCGGGUGUGGCGGGAUGGAUCCGGAAGGAGACCGCGGUGGGUGCGGGGAGGCGGUUUGUGUUGUCUGUUGGAGCUACGCCGACGGCGUCGGUUGUGCAGCAGAAGUUGCAGACGAAGGUGGAAAAGCUGAUAUCGGGGUUGAAGGAGGAUGGUUUGGAGGUGGAGAUUCAUGCGGGGGUGUACCCAACCCUCGAUAUGCAGCAGUUGGCUACACAUGCCAGCGACGCGACAGCGGAUGACAUAGCGAUCAGUGUCGUAGCCGAAGUUGCUUCUCUCUACCCCGGCCGCGGGACCAACGACACAACCGAAGUACUCAUCAACUCUGGUACUCUCGCCCUCGGCCGCGAGCCCGUUGCCGACAAGGGCGCCCUCCCAGGACAAGACUACCAAGGCUGGGGCUUCCUUGCACCGUGGGGCCUGAACGAUAGCAACAACGGCGGGAAACAACAGCCAAUUCCAGGUCGGGACUUCCCUGCUGUCCAUGACGGCUGGCAAGUAGGACGCAUCAGCCAGGAACACGGCAUCUUGACGUGGCACGGCCGUCCGGAAGACGAGGUGCCUCUGCAGUACGGGCAAAAGGUGCGGGUGUGGCCGAAUCACAGCUGUAUAGCGGGUGCAGGGUUUGAUUGGUACUUGAUCGUGGACAGCCGGAAUGAGGGGAAAGAGGAUGAGGUGGUGGAUGUGUGGCCGAGGUGGAGAGGGUGGUGA